UUCCUACAUAGCCAGUUAACUAGUUUGGACUCCGUUUGGGACUCAGUUUGCAUAACAGUACCUAAUGUAGCCUAUUCCAAGAUAGCUAAUUGUUCAUUAGCCUUACAUCUUAACGUUCCGAUGCUCAGUUAAUAAAUUUCACUGGCCAAGUCCUAACUUCAGGGGUCAUGAGGACUCGACACUCACUGGUAUGAUGGCCAACAGCCCAAACUGGUUUGGAACCACUGCUUUACUAGAUGCCCCUAGUUGAUGUCACCCCCCAGAUAACACACUAAAGAUCAAACUGUGGGUUAUGGGGUGUUGUUUAUUAGGAUCAAACGGUUGGAGAUGGGCUUUAGUUUUUUAGGAUCAAACUGGGAGAUCAGGUCAUGAUGUGGUUGUGAUAUUAGGUAGCCUAAUAUUGCUUCGCCAUGAUUUUCUUCCCAUUUCCAUCAGGCACGGCUUGUCUCCAUUAUGCACCUGUUGAUGAAGGAAGCCAUUCGAAAGUUAUGUAGGUUAUUCACAGAGUGUACUACAAUUCUACAAAAUGAAAACGAGACCCUGAAGAAUAAGCUGGAAUUAAUGGUGACACCACUGGAAAAGGGUUAUGUUGUGUCUCCUGCCAGUGCAAUGAAAGAUGGGGAGACCUCUGCAUCAUCAGAGGAAGACUGUGAGGAGGAUGACUCAAUCGACUGUUCCAUCAAGGAGUGUGAUAUCUCAGGAAUCAAUGCGACAUCAACCCGUGGAAAGGGUCCUGCAGAUGUUGAUAAUGCACGCAGAGAGAGUUCAGGCACAGACAUUGACCCCCCUGCAGGAGACCGAGAGGAAGAAAAAACAGAGCCCACAUCAAGAGACCUGGAAAUUGGCGUUGAACACAUCCAUGAUGCUCUCACUGAUGGCACACUGAUCAAAACAGAGGGCAAUGGAACAAAUGAAGAAGUUUCAUCUGCUGAUGUAACAGAAACUACAGAGCGCAGCAGCCCCAGAACAAAGCAGAUCUUUCCCAAAAGGAAGAAAUCCUUUAACUGUGACCAGUGUGGGAGGCGUUUUCAUCUGAGCAGCUUGCUGAAACAGCACAAGCGAGUUCACACGGGAGAGAAGCCUUUCUGUUGUGGCCAAUGUGGAAAGAAGUUUAUAUACUUAACUUCUCUCAACAAGCAUGUCUUGGGUCACUCAAAAGGGAGGACUUUUGGCUGCACCGUUUGCGGAAAGACGUUCCGUGAGGAGAGAGCACUAAAGUCCCACGAGUUUGUUCAUUCAGAGGCAAAACCAUUCAACUGUCUGACUUGUGGACAGGGUUUCACAACAAGAAACAGUCUUAUGGUGCACCAGAGAAUUCACACAGGUGAAAAACCAUAUAGCUGCACUAUGUGUGGAAAGAGUUUUGCACAAUCCAGUUAUCUCACGACACAUAAGAGAACACACUCCCUCGACAAGCCAUUUAGAUGUGCUCAGUGUCAAAAGGGUUUCAUGACUGAGCGGGCAUUGAAAUCUCACCAGGUAGUGCACACAGGACUGAAGGCAUUUAAAUGUGAGAUAUGCGGAAGCAGUUUUGGUCACGAGGUCAACCUUAAAAGACACAGUCUGAUUCACACAGGGACUAAACCGUUCAGCUGUAAGGUGUGUGGAAAGCAGUUCAACCAAUCCAGCACCCUCAAAGGACAUAUGCAGGUACACGAAGGACUGAAGCCCUUUAUGUGUGACAUUUGUGGAAGAACGUUUGUAUACAAUUACGCUCUGAGAAACCACCAGCAGACACACAUGGAUGAUGAAAAGAAGGACAAGCAGAGGAAACCACAAAGUUGUGAGAUAUGUGGGAAGUGCUACAGCUCCAUUGGGACGCUUAAAAUACACCAGCUGCUUCACACAGGUGAGAAGCCGUUUGUUUGCUCUACAUGUGGGAAAACCUUCACCCAGCGAGCUGCUUGUGUUAUACAUCAGAAGGUUCACACUGGAGAGAAGUCUCACAUGUGCAGCGUGUGUGGGAAGAGCUUCAGUUUGCCAAAUAGUCUUCGACUACAUGAACGAAUUCACACUGGCGAGAAACCUUACACAUGUGAAACUUGUGGGAUGACCUUCCGUAUCAGCGGUAACCUUAAAAGGCAUAUGCGUGUUCAUACAGGAGAGAGGCCCUUUAGCUGUGAAGUAUGUGGGAAAAUGUUCAGCCAAGCUAAUAAUGUCAAAGCUCACAUGCAGGUCCACAAAGCAGAAAAGCCAUACUCAUGUGACAAUUGUGGAAAAAGCUUUGCCUAUGUAAGAAAUUUCAAGGAACACAAGUGUGUCAAUAGAUAACCAUUUGCAGCACUGUGAGGAUUGUAUCACAACAUUUGUAGUUUGGGGUGCCUACAUGGUUGACAAGUAAGGAUCAACUUUUACUAAGAGAGUGGGCAUUAAAAAUGAAGUCUGUUAGUUUUAGGGUUGAUGAUGCUGUAAACUGAUAUCUCGGCAUUUGUUGAGCAGGAAGAUGACAUGGUCUCAGUAUUAUCAUUCCAAGUUAUUUAUUUGUAGCAAAACUUAUUUUGUACUUUUUAUCAAAUUGCAUAAGCUUUUUCUUUAAUGGGCAGAUAGAAAUGUACAGGGGGGAGGGGUGGUCCAAAAUAAGGGAGGGUUGUCAAUUUUCUUUUUUUGCUUUGGGGAGGGUUGUGUGGGGAUUUUUAUUGGGCAAAGGGGAGGGUAGUAUGUUUUUUUUUGGGG